AUGGGUGUGGAUGAGGAGACCCAAAGAGAGAGAGAAAUACAACAAGAGAGAAUGGAUAUACAAUCACAAGAAGGUGGUUUUGUUAGCACAUUAGAUGAGCCAGUAUGGCAGACUAUUUGGAGAGAUAUAAAGACAGUUGGUUAUAAAUUAUAUCAUGUUAUAUUACCUCGAGGUAAUGCAGUUGCUGUUUUAAGAGAUUGGGAUUUAUGGGGACCAUUAUUAUUAUGUUUAUGCAUGGCAAUCAUGUUGAGUACAUCGGCACAAGAUAAUCAAAGAGCUAUUACUUUUGCUUUGGUGUUUGUUGUAGUUUGGUGUGGAGCUGGUUUCGUUACAAUCAAUGCUCAGUUGUUGGGUGGCAGUUUAUCAUUAUUCCAGUCAGUUUGUGUUUUAGGUUAUUGUGUAUUCCCACUUACGAUAUCAUCAUUUAUCAUUUGGAUCAUUAAUCGUAUUCAUUCAUUACAUAUUCUAAUCAAGGUACCUAUAGUCGGUGUCUGUUGGGCUUGGUCAACGUGGGCAUCAUAUGGUUUCUUGGCAAACUCUGUCCCACCAACUAGACGACUUUUGGCUGUUUAUCCAGUACUUUUAUUCUAUUUAGUUAUUGCUUGGUUGGUUGUUGUUCAAUAA